CAGAAAAGGUUCAAAGUGAAAUAAAAAAAAUCUAGAAUGUGAAUAUUUCGGCCAAGUUUUUUUACCCCAAAAUGAGUCGAUCGGGGGCAGAAAUACGAGCAAGGCCACAACCACAAAGUCUUCAGAAUGUCAGAAUGAGCAGUACCUUAAAUUUUAUAAAGCGUGAACAACAGUCCAAAAUGAUUCAGGACCGAGUUAGCUUUGUGGAAAAACAUUUUGGACAUUUGUGUGACACAAUGUCAUCAAUAACUAGAAAGUGUGCCAGACUAAGGGAUAAAGGUGAUGAGUUGGCCAAGAAUUUAGUGGACUACACUGAGGCAGAGUCAAUGAACCCCAGUAUUGUCAGAAAUAUAAGUGAAUUUGCUUCGAAUAUAUCUACCAUCCAGGAUUAUAGACAGGCAGAAGUUAUGAGGUUAGACACAAAGGUUAUACAGCCUUUAAUGAAUUAUGGAAUAAAAUGUAAACAAACGAAAAAUGACUUAAAAUCUGCAUUUGCUGCCCAGGAUCGUGAACAAUCUCAGAAGAAAAAAUUAGAACAAUUAAGACAGAAAAGUCCAGGAGACAGAAAUAAACUAUCUAUUGCUGAAACUGACUUACAGAAGGCCAGUGUAGAAGCUUCAAGAAUAUCAAAAGCUCUACAAGAACAAAUGGAUAAAUUUGAAAUGGAAAAGUUACGAGAUAUAAAGAAAAUAAUGAUGGAUUUUGUAAAUAUUGAGAUGACAUUUCAUGCAAAGGCCUUAGAAGUAUAUUCACAGUGCUUUAAUAAUGUUGCUGCAAUAGACAUAGAUGAAGAUAUUGAGGAAUUUAGAGACAAAUUAUUACCGCCUAACUCAGCAAUCAGGAUGAAUUUAGUUAGAUCUAAUUCUUACAAUUCUCUGAAUUCUAAUAAUAAUUCUGGUGGUGGAGUUACCCCUCCUAUUGCUGGUACACCAUCCACACAACCAAGAGGUCUCCAAAGGCAACAGUCAGCUCCUGUACAACAGCAGACGACACCAACAAAACCACAUGUUCAUGCAUCACCUGCCAGUUUAAGGUCACCCUCAAGGUCACAGUCAGCACAACAUGCAUCCUCAUCACACUCCACUCCGUCCAGAACGAAUUCUCUACCAAAUGCUCAACCUAAGAAACUGAUUCCAGUUUCCAACGGUUUAAGAGGACAGAUUGAAGAUGAUGACGAUGAUGAUGAUGAUGACGAUGAUGAGGAUGAAGAUGACGAUGAUGACGAUGAUGACGAUGAUGAUGAUUAUGACGAUGAAACAACAGAAGCUAUAACAGAACGUUCAGAAAAACCUAUACCUGGUGUACGACAAGUUCAACAAUACAAUCCUGAUGCUAAAACGAGAUUUGAUUCUAAAAAAUAAUGAAUGUUUUCAGAAACUAUGUAAUUCUGAUAGGGAUUUAGUUUUAACUAUACUUAUUUAGUUAAUCAAUGUUACAAAUGAACCUUACAUUAAAACAAUUAGAGUGAUUAAAAAAAGAAUGUUUUGACUUUAGCCAUCCUGUUUUCUGAGGAAUUUAGAAUCAAGUUAUGACAAAAUGAUAUAAUUUCAUAUUUUGAUAAUAAUUACCUAUGAUGGGUUUAAGGUACAUGUACCAAUACAUUUGGGAUAGAUGAGUUUAAGGUACAUGUACCAAUACAUUUGGGAUAUGAUGCAUUGAAAUUGAUGUCUUUUAGAGAUUAUUUUUUUAAGAGUCUAACCUAUAUAUUUGUGAUCUCUACUCACAAUUCUUUUAGCAAUGUUUGGUGUAGUUUAUGAUUAUUUUUUGAAGUAAUAUUUCCAUACUGAUAAAGUAAUAUAUGAGCAAUAUGUAUGUAUAAAGAAGAGCAUUUUUAUUCCUGGUAGAUUUUUGGAAGGUCUUAAAUGAUCGAAUAGUAAAAUUGAACAUUAGAUCAACAUCAAGCUGGCCAUUAGCCUGGCCUUUAUCAAUAAUAUAUGCUGCAGUAAUAAAUCAAUGGCAUGAACUGUUUGAAGUCUUACUACAAUUCCUAUCAUUCAUUGCAAUAUGACUGUUUUACUGCUGGCCCUCAAAAUCUAUCUGGCUUAUGUUGAAAUCCUCUACUACAAUUACAUAGUUUCUGAAUUAUUCUGUUGUAAUGCUGUGUAUUUACCUCACAAUAGGACAGUAUUAAUUGUUGCCUUGUUGAAUGUAAGUUAUUUAUAAAUUGAGCAUGAUUGUCCUAGUUGAUGUAAAAUCUAUUUUUAUAUGUAAAAUCUUUCCAAAUUCAUACAGGAGACAUUUUUUUUUAUUCUUAUGUUUUUUUCUUCAAAUGGUUAAUAAAGGGAAAAUUCCCAAUUACAAGUGCCUUCAUUUCAUAUGAAUGCAACCAUAGAAAUAAAGUUUUCACAAUUUUUGUCAUGUGUAAAAGAAGAUAUGAUCUAGUGUUUUUUUAUUUUGCCAUUUAUUCAUUAUCAUUGUUUUAUUUUAACAGUUUCACAGUAAAUAAACAACACACAUUCUACACACCAUUUUUUUAGUUAGUGCAUUUUACUACACAUACUAUUAGUUUUGAUUUACUGCUAGAUUUUCAUGAUAUUAAAGUUGCAUUUAUAGAAUAUUUAAUUUCUAAAAAAUCAUAUUUUUGUAUAUUUUUUGUUACAUUUUUAAUAUAACUACAUGUAAGUAAGGAGAAUUACUCUUAAAACUAUCAAAACUGGUUAUUAUGCAAUUUCAUUGAGUGUUUUUUAUGAAUAAAAUAUUAUUGAGUUUGGCUGUCUAAUUUGAAGCAAAAUGCCAACAAACAGAUCUGUAAUAAAUAAUUGAUUAUUUUCAAUAUGCAGUGUAAGCUGGGUGUAAUUUUAUGAAUCCGUCCAUAUUGUGCCAUUUAUGUAUGAAAUAUUUGUAGUUAGUUAUUCCUAUAAAGGUAAUGACUUUUACUUAAGAAAACAAAUAGGUUGUAUGUAGCUUUUGCACCAUUUCUUAUUCUCGAAAACCCACUAUGCAGUUGAAAUCCAAAAUUUCCACAAAGUUAGUUUUCUUCAACUCAAUAGAUAAAUAUACUCCAGAGUAUAACUAAAUAUAAAAUACUUUUUUAGAUUUAUUUAAGAGAUUACAUUCACAUUUACUAUGACCUAUAUAUGAGUUGCAAAGAAAUAUAGAUUUAGUUAAGUAUGUAUUUUUAUCUAGUCGUCUAGUUUUUCUGCCAAAUUGGGAAAGUAUAGGCAAACAUAUUAAGCUUCAAUGACACAGAUAGAAUUGUGCCUUCUUUGUCCAUAUCUUAAAGACCUAUUGUGUAUUCAACGAAUCAAUUAUACUCACGUCUAAAGUAGUUUUGUCCAUUGGUGGUCUUUGGCUGGUGUCUGCUCUUUGGUCGGGUUUUUUUUUUUUUUUUACACAUUUCCCAUUUCCCAUUUUCAAUUUUCUUGUGUAGUAUAGCUCUGUUCAGCACUGUUUAUCAUCAUUUGUGUAACAUAUUACACUUCAGACUUGAGUGACAUUUGUUAAAUUGGUACUAAGGUCAAUUUCUGAGAAACAUAUUGUCAUAUAUCAACCAUAUUUUAUAUCUUAGUCUUCUUAUAUGGUACAAUUCUGUUCAGCUAAAUUGAGAUCACAGUUGACACCAUUUUUCCCAAAGUUUUUCCUUUUUGAAGGGGCAUUCCUACACAUACUUGUCCUUUAGUUUUGAUUGAUAGUCCUCUCAAGAGGGGGCAGGACCUUUCUCGAGACGUCAAAAUUGGGUGUUUUUAAGCUCGAGAUUUUGGGAUUGAUCCUUUCAGGAUGGGGGUUUUCUUUUAUCAAAUUUCAGGAUGUCAGGAUUUUUUUUUUAAAUUCGGGACCUAGGGAUUUCAUGUUUUUAAGCCUGGGAUUUUGUAAUCAGGACCCCUUCAACCACCCUCUCUCAACAGCAGACAUUUCAUGUACCAUGCACAUGUCCAUAUUUUUAUUAUAAUCUAGUUUCAUGAAAAGUUUAAUCAAAAGACACAAAAAACAGAUCUUAUGCAUUUAUAUAUAUAUCACAUUAGCAAAAACUCUAUUUGAUAUGAUUCCUGGUAUAAAUCUUCAAUUUUUUCCCCAUUUGAGUUAUGAAACAUCUAUUUUUAUAUGUUUUUAUCAAGAUCUGUUAUUUAUAUAAAAUGUUUUACACAUAAAAUUGCACAAAAAUUGACAGCUUUUUUUUUUAAAAGUUCUGAAAUCCAUUUACCACUUUUCAUGCAUUGUAUUCUUUUUUAGUUACAGUAAAACAUAGUUCACUGAAACAAAAGAAAAGUAAGCAACUUGUAGUCUUCUUUUGAAAUACAUGUAGCUAUAUUAUUUUGUGGUUCAAAGAUGAAGUUAUAUAAUAAUCUAUUAGCCUUAUAGCAAAGCCCUUCCAAUACCUAAGAUAAUACUUUAGCUGUAGCACAUAAAGCAAUUCGCUGCAAAACAAGCAAAAAAGGCAAUUAGCAGAAAUACUUGAUUUCAUUAGGAAAUUGCCCCCUCUGAAGACCUAGUAUAUUUCUGAGGAAGAAAGAUCUUUUUAUUUUUUAUCUAAAUUACUUAACUUUAAAAAAAUACACAUUAUAGUCAAAAUAUUAUUUUAUUUGUAAACACUAUUUAUUGUUUAUCAUUGAUGAUAUUGUUAUGGCUGUUUAAAUGGUAUGUGAUUGGUUAACAUAUUAAUUUGAGACAUUUUGAUCAUAAGAAUUGUCUCAAGACAUUUGCGAGUUAAUAUGAAAAUUAGAUAUAAGAUCAAAGAAAAAAUGAGAGAGAUUUUCCUUUCGAGGGAAUCUGUUCUUAUGAAGAUUUGAAAAGUUGUCAUAUGUGCUUAAAAAAUAUAUAUGUAAUUGCAUUGGUUAUUUAUAUGUUAUCGUUUGCAUUUUAAAAAUAAAAUAAUGAAAC